AUGCGUGGGACCAUCGGCGGCCUCAUUCAGGCCAACACUGUCAACACGACCAUUGACGACACUGCUUGGGCCAACGGGUCUGUUGCCCUUAGCCCAGGCUGGAACAUGCUCGAGCAGGGUAAGAGCAACUACGUCAACGAGACCCAGUACCAGCAAGAGUUGAGGAAUGCGGACCGCCACUUUAACCGCUCCAUCUCUUGGACAACACAACCCGACGCCAACAUCGCGAUAAGUUUCAGCGGAAGUGCUGUGUGGGUGUUUGGCUUGAGUGGAGGGGAAGCGGGCACAUUCGAGGUGCGGCUUGACAACGUCACGCAGGGCGUGUUCGAUGCU